CCUGAACCGACAACCCCCAUUCCAGAGCUUUCCUAAAAAUCUCUUCCAUAUCGUCGCAGCUGACCGGAGAGCCACUCAGAGGGAAGCCUUCCGCCGCAACCGCCGCACCGGAGUGGUCUCUUAACAAGAAACCUGCAGAAGAUCUACCAUUCUGUCUAAAGACCGCCCAACUAAGCUUCAAGUUCCCAGGUGAAGGUUUACUCCAUUUCCAGAUUCUAGGCUUUUCUCUGCCAAAGCUCUCAGAAUUUUCAUAUCGCCCAUAAAUGUUAGAGCAGUUAAUAAUUUUCACAAGAGGGGGGUUGAUCCUCUGGACCUGCAAAGGGAUUGGAAAUGCUCUUAAAGGUUCUCCUAUUGACUUCUUGAUUCGGACAUGCCUCUUGGAAGAACGAUCGGGUUCUGCAGCCUACAACUAUGAUGUGCCUGGAGCUGCUUACACUCUCAAGUGGACGUUUCACAAUGAACUUGGACUUGUAUUUGUUGCUGUUUAUCAGAAGAUUCUCAAUCUUUUGUAUGUUGAGGAUCUACUGGCCAUGGUUAAGCGAGAGUUCUCACAGAUAUAUGACCCAAAGCGAAAUGUGUACAACGAAUUUAAUGAUAUUUUUCAGCAGUUAACGAAGGAGGCGGAGGCACGUGUUGAGGAAUUGAAGAAAUCGAAGCAGGUAGGGAAGCCUAAGAAGACUGCACUUGGUAAGAAGCAAGGGCAAGUUCAGAGGGGCAAUUUUGAUGGAGGCAAUAAAAAAAGUGAAUCAGGGGAUGAUGAUGGUGAGGAGGACAUGGUAAAAAAAAGUUCACCAGAAAAUGGUAAUUCUAACUGUACAUUUGAAAAAGAGAAAUUGCCUGCAGAGCGGGUUAAUAAGAGUAAAGAAAAUGCUAACUCUGAAGCAGGUGCAUUUGAUGUAAAUAAGUUACAGAAACUUAGGUCUAAAGGUGUAAAGAAAAAUGAUACUAUUGGAAAGAAGAGUAUUAAGGCAGAUCCACAGAAAAUAUUGAAAAAGAAUAGAGUCUGGGAUGAUAAACCACCACAAGAAAAGUUAGAUUUCACUGGCCAUGUGAAUGAGGAUGAGGAGCAGAAUGUAGCAGCCAUUGCAGUAGAUCAGGGUAGGAGCAUGAUGGACAAAGAGGAAUUUAUCAAUGAUAGUGAAAGCGAGGAAGAUGAGGAUGAAAUAGAGAAAGAUAGCAAGGUUGAGACAAAGAAGAAAGGGUGGUUCUCAUCGAUGUUCCAAAGUAUUGCAGGAAAGGCAAAUUUGGAAAAGGAAGAUCUGGAACUAGCCUUGAGCGGUCUUAAGGACAUGCUUAUGAGCAAGAAUGUGGCUGAGGAAAUUGCUGAAAAGUUAUGUGAAUCAGUUGCAGCCAGCCUUGAGGGUAAAAAACAAGCCUCAUUUACAAGAAUUUCUUCAAUAGUAAAGGUUGCAAUGGAGGAGGCUCUUACCCGUAUACUUACUCCUAAGCGCUCCAUUGAUAUUUUGAGGGAUGUUCAUGCAGCGAAGGAACAAGGGAAACCAUAUGUCGUGGUUUUUGUAGGAGUUAACGGAGUCGGAAAAUCAACCAAUCUUGCAAAGGUUGCUUAUUGGCUUCUGCAGCAUAAGAUAAACGUAAUGAUGGCUGCAUGUGAUACAUUCCGUUCAGGAGCUGUGGAGCAACUCCGUACUCAUGCACGCAGGCUUCAGAUCCCAAUAUAUGAGAAGGGCUAUGAGAAAGAUCCUGCAAUUGUUGCAAAGGAAGCAAUCCAUGAGGCUUCUCGCAAUGGUUCUGAUGUUGUCCUUGUUGAUACAGCUGGCCGAAUGCAGGAUAAUGAACCUUUGAUGAGAGCAUUAUCAAAGCUUAUUUACGUCAACAGUCCAGAUUUAGUCUUGUUUGUUGGCGAGGCCCUUGUCGGGAAUGAUGCCGUUGACCAAUUAACAAAGUUCAAUCAGAAAUUGGGUGACUUAUCACCCUCGCCGAAUCCAAGAUUGAUUGAUGGAAUUCUCCUGACCAAGUUUGACACCAUUGAUGACAAGGUGGGAGCAGCUUUAUCCAUGGUCUACGUAUCUGGAGCGCCAGUCAUGUUUGUGGGUUGUGGGCAGUCGUAUACAGAUCUGAAGAAGCUCAACGUGAAGUCCAUAGUCAAGACCUUGCUCAUGUAGAGCAGAGCAUGCACGCUGGCUUGCCCUGUUUCAUCACACCAUUGUCUACUACUAUCCCACAAUUCCGUCCUGCAGUUUGUGUUGUAUGAUGUUAUUAUGACUUUUGAAUGCUCUACUGUGUGCCCUGCUCUAGUUAUCCCUUUGUCAUGAUUUUGGAUGUUCAAUCUAAGUACUCUCUCUCAAUUGCUUUCCCACCUCUUCUCUUAGACUAAUUUAUAUGCUUUUUUGUUGUACAGUUGUACUAGUAGAGUCGUAGAGAGUACAUGGAUCAUUUCUGUGACUUAUUUUUUAUCAGAAAAUAAAUAUACUUUGAUCUCUCAUAAAUUAUCAGAUAUUCCUUUGUCGCUUAAAAUUAUUCCCAU